UUAUGUAAGUUAUCCUAGAUCAGUUUUGUUCCACUUCGCAUCAGUCUGUGACUCAAAAGAAAAAUGGCUUUCAAAGUUUUUACUUUAAUCUUAUUGCUUUUUGCUAUCAAAUACAUUCUCACAGAAGAUAAACUUUACCUCAUACACAGCGUUAAUGACAUCAAAAAUGGAAAGAUCAUAAAGCAUUCGAAAGGAUUCACAAGAACAACUUGUUUGUUAAAAUGCCGAAACAAUCAAGAUUGUGACACGGCAUAUUUCAAAUCAGAUCAGGGUAAUAACGCAAUUGGAGAGUGUUGGUUUGUCCAAGAAGGUGGUGAAGAUGAGUUGCAGCUACCAGAAACAUCAGGAGAAGUUGAAAGUUUCAAGGGAGUUCCUGAUUAUUGUGAAAAAGACAAACCGUGUAAAGAUGGGAGAUAUAAAAGCACAGAUGACAGAACCCAAAACAAAACUGAUGUCAAAACCCAAAACGAAACGCACAUUAAUGAUAGUCAUUGGAAGUUACUAACAAAAAAAGCAGUUUGUUUUGGAGCAAAAGAUAAUAAAUAUGGCAGAUUUACAUUGUAUCGUACUGGCCUACUUACAAAGCUGAAACUUCAACAUGCAGGUCCAGCUACAUUAAAUUGCCGUACUGAUCUUAGCAAUAUUGGCUCUCGAUGGGGAUGCAGUAAUUUCAAAGAUGUCUUGAUUAUGACUGCAGUUACUGAUAAAAAUAACAGUAUAAUAAUUCCAGGUCCUGAGAGGUUUACUACUCCAAAGAAGGAGCAGUACAAACUUCCUGGAUAUCACGCCAAUUCCUCAUAUCUCGAAUUUGGCAAUCUAAACAGAUCUGUCGAACAUGGAGAGGAGUUGAGAAUCUGGUAUCUUCACGAUUUAUAUAACGUAUUCGAGGGUGAUAACGCGGGAUCUUCUUGUGCGGUUGUGUAUGCUGUCAUACAGGAUUUUGAAAACACUCCUGAGAUAUAAACUUUAGAGGAAUUUUGAUAAAAGAGACAAUAUGGAAUGAAAUCUGUUCUGAGGAAAAAACAACAAGUAAAUGUAUGUAUAGCCUUAUGUUGGAGCUAAAACUUAUCACAGUGUAUUAUGUACCUUAUUACCACACAAAUAAACCCAUCUAGUCAUCAAACGGAUGAAAACAUUUCUCAACAUUCCGUAUCUAUACUGAAAGAGAACUACUUUGUUCAUCACUAUGACUUACACGCAUUAUACUCGCCGUCAUGAUCAGAGGUCUGAUCGGGGUGAAGCAUUCUCUAUUGAGAAUGAAAUACGGAUGUGCUAUCAUAAAUAUUCACCUAUGUAUUCCGUAUCUAUUUUGAAUCGUGUAUAUAAAAAUGCACAGUUGUUUUUUUGUUUUGUUUUUUGUUACUUGCACUGUACAUAAAACGCACAAAGGUUUUAUAAAUUUAUUUAUGAAGAGCACAUAUACCGUAAAAAAUUCGAUUAAGCGCCUGUGCGCUUAUUUAAUAUUUUAGGAGUUAGGUUGGGCGCUUAUUUGAGUGGGCAGGGGGUGGGGGGCUUAAUCAAGGGGGCCGCUCAGUCAUGUCUUUACGGUAUUAGAACAUCAACACAUGGUGCAACAACACAGUAUUUUGACAUUUUGAAUUUUUUAUUCUAAAACCAAGGAUUGGAACUGUUACUGCUCUUUCUCCAAUACACUACGCCCUUAGAUGAAAAACACGCUAAAGAAUUUGUCUGUAAGACACUGUGCAUCGUUAAUUCUAAGAAAUACGGUAGCUAAUCUUUUUUGUUGAUGCAAAAUCCUGAAAACAGUAGAAGAGUUAUUUCUGAGGGACCCAUUUUUUGUUAAGAUUUUAAAUGUUUGCAUUCUAUUUAAAGAAAAAAAAUUUUUGUGGUGUAAUUUUUGUGAUGUAUAUAUAUAUUUAUAUGUGUUGAUACACGUUGUAUUCGAAAAACAAAUAAACUUUACGAAUAUAAAAAAGACUCUAAAAAGAUACUGUUUACUUAAAACCUUCCAUCUGUGUAUUAAACUAUGAAAUUUUUCAUCUUUGUUAUUCUUAGUAACUUUACACUGUAUAUAAAAUGCACAAUUAUUUUAAAGAUUUACAUAUCGGAAGUACAGUUUAAAAAUACUCUGUGACUUAUUUUUUUACAAACUCAAGAAUCUUUGUUCAUAAUGUUUUGGAAAAUAGUAAAACAACAUCGCCUGACCAAAGUUCCACAGCCAUACAUAGGCAACUAACACUGGAGACGACUACAUUGGCAGAUGUGCAGGGUGGGUAACGUACGUUAAAAAUGCGCUAGGCGCAAUUUCUGCGAGAACAGCCUUAUGGAGCAAUUAACGCGACGGCCCACGUAGGUUCAGAAAAUUGAAAAAAGAAAACGUGCUUACGUCAGCAACAAGCAACUUUAAUUAUUAUUGUUGACAAGUUAACAAUGCGUGGGUAUAAUAUUAAAACGUUGUUGAUCAUUGCUUCAGUGUAUGAUCUUUGAAAUUGAUGAACAAGAUUGUAGUUCAUGGUAUCUAUGUUUUCAUACUUCAAACCGUUCUAUAUUAUUAAAGACCAUAUUUCCCUA